CUUUUUGACUUGACCAUCGUUUGGCGUCCCUUCAGUUCUGCGGGUUUGAUACCUGUGCCAUUCGUUUCUCGUUCUUUUCACUGUCGCUCCUUUGGAAGUCAAUUUCCAGUCUCUCUUUCAACGCUCGCUCGUUUCCGUUCUCCGGCAAUAUGAAGUCUGUUCUGCUCGGCCUCGCUGCAUCGCUCGCUGCUCCAGUCAGAAGUACUUUUGUUGUCCAAUGCUAUAGCCGCCUCUUCGAUCAGAGAGCCGAUCCGGUCAUCAGCCCUGGGGUGGCUUCAGGGCACGUCCACACCAUUUCUGGGGGAAAUGGCUUCAACUUUUCCAUGACUUAUGAGGAUGCCCGAGCAUCGCAAUGUUCUACGUGCAACAUCAAGCAGGAUUUGAGCAACUACUGGUCUCCGAAAAUGUACUUCCACGCGCAAAAUGGGAGCUUCCUCGAUGUUCCCAUCAUUGGUGACAAUGACGGGGGAAACAUGGGAGGCAUGGCCAUCUACUACCUGACUCGCGGUGGGCCUAACAACGAUAAACUGAAGGCCUUCCCACCGGGCUUCCGCAUGGUCGCCGGCGACUCCAGCAAACGCAGCGAAACCGACGACUUUGCCGGUCGUGCAGUCACGCACAAGUGCGUCGGAGGCAGUGGCGAGGAUACUAAGCAUCUACCUAAUGAGAAGUGCGAUCAGAUCCGUGUUCAGGUCACUUUCCCCGCCUGCUGGGACGGCAAGAACCUCGACUCUGAAGACCACAGAUCUCACGUAUCGUAUCCGGCUGAGGGGAACUUCGACGGAGGUGCAUGCCCCUCAAGCCAUCCUGUGCAUCUGGUCACUCUGUUCUACGAGGUCUACUAUGACACGCAGGGAUUCAAGGAUAUGUGGUACGGCGACAAGCAGCCGUUCGUGUUCGCGAACGGAGAUGCCACGGGCUACGGCUACCACGGCGACUUCGUAAAUGGCUGGGACAUUGACAAGCUCCAAGAAGGCCUCGACACAUGCGUCGACGGCGUCGAAAACUGCGCCGAGCAAGUCUUCGGCGAAUUCAACUCCCAGACCGAAACCCAGGCCUGCAAGCUCCCCGCCAUGAUCGACGAGCAAGUCACGGGUGCUCUCGAGGCCCUCCCGGGCUGCAACCCCGUCACCGAGGGCCCCGAGCCCGCAAGCCCGGCCCAGAACUGCGCAGCGCCGAAGCUCAUGGCGGUUGCGACGCCCGAGAUGGCGGGCUAUGUCGACGUCACGAGCAAAGGGUACAAAUACAUCGGCUGCGGCAAGGACAAUGCGGGUGAUCGCACGCUCGGCGAAGAGCUGCUCACCGGCGACGACAUGACGGUACCGAAAUGCAUCGACUUCUGCAAGGGCAAGGGGAAGCAGUACGCGGGCCUCGAGUACAGCGGCCAGUGCUAUUGCGGCAGCAGUGUUGCGGCGGACAGGGCGCCCGUGCAGGGCUCCACGGGCAACUGCUUGAUGAAGUGCUCUGGCGACGCGAACCAGGUCUGCGGCGGCGCUGACGCUAUCAGCCUGUACGAGGCCUGCUCGGGCGGCGCUUGCACCAAUGCAGCAAAGAGGAUGAGCCGGCGCCUCGCAGGCCUGGAGAGGACCAACGCUGGUUUGUGAAGGGGAGGAAGCUGUGUUGGGAGAUGAGGGCCUUUACUUCGCUUCUUCAAAGCCCCGAUUUGGUGUGCGACUGGUGGACUGCGCUGCUGUCUUUCGCUUGGUACUCGCGCUGCUGGGCAUGCUAGGCUGUUCGAUGCUUCUCUUCUUGUACAUAUUAGACUUUCGCUUCGAACCUCCCUUCUUCCCCGAUCUUUCCGGAACAC